AUGCCUGAAACACAAAAAGACCUUGUUCUUCCUUUUGCCGAUGCUUCCGCGAUAGUCAGAUCUCAUCAAAAGGACUCGUAUUAUGAGUCCUAUCUUGCUCGCAUGCUCUCUGAAUGUGCUGCUGCACUUCGUGGCACCCGGUUUGCCAUUGCCAAUAAUAAUUCUUUUGAGAUGCUUUCCAAGCUUGUUUAUCUUGCCCUUACAACGGUCAUGGCUAAGCGUACUCUAGGCGAAGAAUACGUUGAUCUAGUGUACGUUUCAUCGGACGGGAAGCGAUUGGCACCAACGUCGCAAAAAGCGUGGUUUGCCAUGUCGUACGCUAUUAUUCCAUUCAUGAUUUCAAAACUCCUUAGUAAAAUAAAGGCAACGAAAGAACAGAUGGAAUACGAUUAUGAUGACGAUGAUGACGAUGAUACUAAUAAUGAUCUGCAAGAAAAUACCUCUUGGUCACAAAGAGCAGUGACAAAACUUGUUCCAUGGUACCAGUGGUUAAGGAAACUUAAUACUUUGAUGGAGAUCAACUUAGCAAUAUUCUAUCUUUUUGGAUCUUACUAUAAUCUUUCGAAGCGGAUUACUGGGCUCAGAUAUGCUUUUGGACACGCCAUACCCGAGAACCAGCCGAGUAAUAAUAAAAUGAUCACGGGGUAUAAAGUGUUGGGAAGCCUCAUGUUGGUGAAGACUGCAUUAUCUUAUGCUUCAUCAAUCACCUGCUAUUUGAAUGAGAAACUAGUAAAUCUGGCUGCUAAUUCUCAGGAUGUUGGAAAACUAGCAGGGACGGUGGAAGAUUCAGGAUUGAUUCAUGAUGUGGCCAGUGCACUUCAUGGUCCCAAUACAACAAUCGACUUAUCCAACGAAAAGAAAUUGCCGUACCUCAAAGGAAGAUCACGAUCUUGUAUGUUAUGCUUGUUGAAUAUGGUCAAUCCUACCAGUUUACCCUGCGGUCAUUGCUGUUGUUGGAAUUGCAUUAUUGAUUGGUGCAAGGAUCAUAAUGAAUGCCCAUUGUGCAGGGCAAAAAUCGAUAAUCAAUUUAUACCAUUACGAUGA